CGUGGUGGGGUUCCUUCUUCCCUUCUCCUCCAGCGAGGCUCUUCCUGCGGCUCCUCAUUCAUUUAGCCUGUGCUCGUUGCUGGCUUUGUUGCUGCUUCCUCAGCCUCUGGCCUGAAUCCAUCGGAGCUCCAAACAGGGAAAGGUUAGACUAUGAGAAGACACAGAAACGAAGUUACAAUUGAAUUGCGGAAGAACAAAAGAGAUGAACAUCUUUUGAAAAAACGAAACGUUCCCCAAGAAGAAAGUUUAGAAGAUUCUGAUGUUGAUGCUGACUUCAAAGCACAAAAUGUAACACUAGAAGCUAUACUGCAGAACGCCACAAGUGACAACCCAGUGAUCCAGCUGAGUGCUGUUCAAGCUGCAAGAAAACUCCUAUCCAGUGACAGAAAUCCACCUAUUGAUGACUUAAUAAAAUCUGGAAUUUUGCCAAUUCUGGUAAAAUGCUUAGAAAGGGAUGAUAAUCCUUCAUUACAAUUUGAAGCUGCAUGGGCAUUGACUAACAUAGCAUCAGGCACUUCUGCACAAACUCAAGCUGUUGUACAGUCUAAUGCAGUACCCCUCUUUUUGAGACUACUCCAUUCUCCACACCAGAACGUUUGUGAGCAGGCUGUCUGGGCGCUGGGAAAUAUUAUCGGUGAUGGUCCUCAGUGUAGAGAUUAUGUCAUAUCACUGGGAGUUGUCAAACCUCUUCUGUCCUUCAUCAAUCCCUCCAUUCCCAUCACCUUCCUUCGGAACGUCACAUGGGUCAUUGUAAAUCUCUGCAGGAAUAAGGACCCCCCACCGCCUAUGGAGACAGUUCAGGAGAUUUUGCCAGCAUUGUGUGUUCUCAUUUACCAUACAGAUAUAAACAUUCUUGUGGACACCGUUUGGGCUUUGUCCUACUUAACAGACGGUGGCAACGAGCAGAUACAGAUGGUGAUUGAUUCAGGAGUUGUCCCUUUUCUAGUUCCCCUUCUGAGUCAUCAGGAGGUCAAAGUUCAGACAGCAGCACUGAGAGCAGUAGGCAACAUAGUAACUGGUACUGAUGAACAGACACAAGUUGUUCUCAACUGUGAUGUUUUGUCUUACUUCCCAAACCUCCUGACGCAUCCAAAAGAGAAGAUAAACAAGGAAGCAGUUUGGUUCCUUUCCAAUAUCACAGCAGGAAACCAGCAACAAGUUCAGGCUGUAAUAGAUGCUGGGCUAAUCCCUAUGAUCAUACACCAGCUGGCUAAGGGUGACUUUGGAACACAGAAGGAAGCUGCUUGGGCAAUUAGCAAUUUGACAAUAAGUGGGAGGAAAGAUCAGGUUGAAUACCUUGUACAGCAAAAUGUAAUCCCACCAUUCUGCAAUCUACUCUCAGUAAAGGAUUCUCAAGUGGUACAGGUGGUGCUGGAUGGUCUGAAAAACAUCCUGAUAAUGGCUGGUGAUGAGGCUAGCACAAUAGCUGAAAUUAUAGAAGAGUGUGGAGGGUUAGAGAAAAUUGAAGCCUUGCAACAACAUGAGAAUGAAGACAUUUAUAAACUAGCGUUUGAAAUCAUAGAUCAGUAUUUCUCUGGUGAUGAUAUCGAUGAGGAUCCCAGUCUCAUUCCUGAAGCCACUCAAGGAGGUACUUACAAUUUCGACCCAACAGCCAACCUUCAAACAAAAGAAUUUAAUUUUUAAGUUCAAAAAAGUGCAGCGUCUCUGUCCCACACCAGUAUGAAGCACCACCAGAUGGCUACCAAGUGAAGAAACAAAAGGCUCCAAGACACACAUGCCUCUUCGUUUUGAUGCUUCUAAAGCAAGCCAUGUAUCGGUCACUUUGCAGUUGCCAAACGUCACUAUCACAUGGACUGUAAAUGCAUAUGCAUGAUCUCUUAAACUGUUUCAGAAUUCUUUUUAACGGUCCCAACUACCUUUUUUUGCCUUUUUCCUGGUGCCACAUGCUGACAACCGCAAUCUGCAGUUCUGUUAAGAAAAUUCCAUAGUGGUGGCACAUUGGCUUUCCACGGAAAAGUAGCUUCUUUGGAAAAUGGUGCGCUGUGGAUCAAGACACUUUGGUAUGAUGCGUACAUUUUGGAAGACUACAGGGGCCCAGUUUGCUCUGAGCCUUCGUCAUUGUCCUCCACAAACAUAUUUUCAUAUACUUUAUGUGGAAGAAUAGAUUAAAAAACGCAAGCCAAAUGAUUUCAUUGGUGAAACUGAAAUAAAAGUAACUUAAGCAAAAACAAACAACAACACAACACUUGGCAAUUGAUUAAACACUUAAAGCAAACAGAAAAACUACUUCAUCUAUCAGUAAUUGAUGUGUGUUCAUUAACUGCCUCAGAAACCAGGGUUGGAGAAUGAACUGUAGAUUUGGACUGGUAAAGCUUUUGCCAUUAUACCUAAUUUUUGAGAACAGCGAGCCCUAUUUGACCACUCACUUCAGCCUGUGUGUUCCUGCUGUUUUGAAGUAAUCAAAUGCUGUGCAUGGUAUUUUACCUGAGCUACAACCUGUUACGGACUUGAACUUCUGGUUAAGCUGAAAGCAAGAAUCCCAGACUGUAGAGAAAAAAAAAAAAAAAAAAAAUUCUGUCCAAAAAAACGUAUCGGUUAAAAAGAAUCUUGCUUUCAACUUUCAGCAGUCAGUAUAUUUUGUUUUAAAUUGAUAAUUGGAUAUGGUUGAUUCAUAUUGGGUUUAAACUGUGGAGCUUUCAUGUUUACUGUAAUUUAGUCUUAAUCUAUUUUUUACUUAGUAACCAGUGCUUUUGAUGAUGUGGUUGGCAACAAACCAGCAACUACUUAGAAGCGUCAUAAAAGCUUCAUUCUUGGAGUAUUGGAAGAGUUACUCAGAAACCAGUCUCAAAUCUUAGUCGCGCGAUGAAACAAGAUGCAAACUGGUUGCCGUGUGAGGCUGUAUGGAAGCUGCCGCCAUUCAGCAACAACCUGAUGUGCAGCGCACAUUACAUAACUCUACGUAAGGUAUGUGAGGUCACUGCUUUAGGAACAUGGCCCAGUGGUUUUCAAAGGGAUCUCGGUGUCGCUGGGGCGAAGAUGGAUAAUUCCGUAAGCUAUCACACAAACUGGUUUUGUUGCUGUUGUUUACUGGGUGUAAUUUCCCAAUGCGUUGAUGUGAAGGGAUAGAAAAAUCUAAACUAAUUUAGUUAUUGGAUGUGGGUUGUAUUUACUGUGAUGAAGAUAAGGACAGAUGCCAUCAGAGCUUUGUGGAUCAGCUGUUUUUCCACUGAUGAACAACGCAUAGCAGGUGUGCAUUCAUUAAAUAUAUAUCUGCCAAGGUGGAGCCACUUUAAAGAGCGAGUUGUCUUGUAUCCCAGCUGGAUACAAGCGUAUGUUUAAACUGCAAGAUUUUUACUUGCUAGAUAAUCUGUUUUAAUAUAGUGGUUUGGCCUCUGAUUAUUUAUAGGUUUUAUAAAUUUUAGAAUCAAUUUCUCUUUAAGGUGGCUCAGAUUUUUCAACUCUCGUGCACAUAAAAUUGAGUUGAAGUUCAUUGUGCCUUUUUUCUUUUCCCAGAAGUUGAGUUGAAGCUUCAUAUGGUAACUGCAUCCUAUUCACACACUAUAGUCUAAAACCUUGAAAAUGUGUGGUGUUCGCUAAGAAACUAAACAAUAAAAAGUCAAAGUUAGGUAAGGUCACAAAGGUUUUGUGGAAUUCGAGUUCCAGCAGGUGUUAUUGUGAACAAAUAUUUCCCCUUCUAACUCCAUUUCGUUUCCUUCUCUGCCGUAUAGACUGACGGUUACCCUGCUCAGCCUGUGCUCACUAUUAUCCUACCGAUUACCUACAAAUUGAUAUUAAAGUAAUGGUUUUCCACGACUGUGAAGAUCUGAUCUUUUUCUUGCACUCAGUGCAUUAUGUUAAAAGUGAACAUCGGCGAACUGAGUCCAGGCAAGACAAGGCGUGUGCUCAGUUCUUUCUGUUGUGACCUUAUCAGCUUUUGAUUGGGAUUGCACCAUCGCAUAGUUAAUAAAGGAAACAAAGUAUAUUGCUGCACUUUUACGUUUUCAGAACAGUGUUUAAAAUUGCAUUGUUUUUAUUAUUUUUUUAAACUAUCAGUUAAAAUAGACUAAAACGUUCUUUCAAAGAGGCAUCUAAAUGUGUUCCUAAUUUUGUAUAUGGGCUUAGGUUUUGUAACCAAUAAAAAGCUGCUAUCAAAUACUAUAAAAAAAAAAUAAUUCAAGAAGUUAUUUUGAAAGUUACGGAACUGCUUAGUCUUUGCAGAUCAACCUAUAGGGGUUUUUGUCCUUGACUAAGUAUUAGUUAGCAGAAGUCCACCUCAACGUCUGCCGUAUGUUACAAGAAUGAAUAAAGUAAGCUAACGCAGUGGUCUCUGGAACUUGGGUACUGUUCUGGUACGGAGUUUUAUACAUUUCUGUCAGGUGUUGCCAUAAACGUGUACAGGCGGCGAUGGUAGGCGGGCUGCGGCUGAUGUGUGUAACUGGGAGACGGUGAGUUCUGCUGCCUGCAUGGUGUUCUGUAGCAUUGAGGAGCUCACCGUCCUGCUCCACCUCCAGAGAUGUCUCCAGGUUCCCAGUGCCACUUGGGAUCUGUUGUUCUGCAGUGAUUUGCCACGCGGGAUGGCAGGCGCCUCUCCUGCAGUGUGCCUUGGGAAGCCCUGGGCAGGGAUCUGUGGCCAAGCUGGGUGGCAGCAGCCCUCACCUCAAGGUAUGAGUUCCCCUCUUGGGGUUCACAAGUGGAUUGGAAAU